AUGAAGGUUUCUCUGAGCGUUGCGGGGGCAGACCUCGGCCUACCUGCUGGGAUCUCUACUCCUGGGAAGAAUGGAAACCUUCUCAAAGGUUUGAUCGUCCUCUCUGGCCAACGAUUACCUUCAAAUAGUCCAGAAAUGACUUAUAAACCUCUCCGGACUGAUGCCCGCAGCGAUCCUGCAGGGGAGCAGCGGUGCUGCGGCUGCCCCGGUUCCCCCCCCGCCUGCCCGUCCCGGGGGAGACUGCUGCUGCACUGCUUCCUGCAGGGGCUCAAGGCCGGCCUGAGCGAAGGCACAGACGCCCGGCACCAGGUGGCCAUGCAGCUGCUGCACUCGGAGUGGGAGUACGUCUCCACCCUGAACCAGCUCUACGACAAGUACAAGACGCCGCCGGCUCACCAGACCAGCCUGGAGCCGUACCAGACCUACGUGAGGUUCGUGGAGCAGCUGCUGCAGCGACACGUGCUCUUCAGAAACACCCUGCAGGAGCGUCUGUCCGCCGAGCACUGGAAGUCCCUGCUGGGAGACAUCCUGGUGCAGCUCAUCGGGCAGAACGACACGGCGUUUUCAGACAUGUACCUGGGCUACACGACGACCUUGGCGUCGUUCCUCUCUCUGGAGUUCCAGGGCCUGAACCGGCCGGAGAGGAGCCGCCAUCUGCAGGGCGGCCAGAUGGAGAGGGAGGAAAUGAAACUGCUGUCGUUGCUGUUGGCGCCGCUCGCCCGGGUGCACGGCUACCUGAGUCACAUCCAGAACCUGCUGCAGUGGACGGGGAAGGAGCACCCGGACUGCAGCCUGCUGCUGGGGGCCGAGCGGGCGCUGAGGAGCGUCCUGUCCCGCUGCCACCAGAUCCUGCAGGAGGACGUGCGGUGGGAGGACGGAGACGAGCCCAGACACAGCGGCUCCUGUGAUGCUGCGGUCGCCGGUUCAACUCCCGCAGGCUGCUGCCCGAGCCAGCAGGCCAGGGACGAGCCGCCCGGCGCUGCUCACAGGGACGGCCCGCCGCCCCCCCACCUCACCAACAUGCGUCUGGAGUGCUGGUCGUGCAGCCCGGUGCGGAGGAAGGGCUGCCGGCGGGAGCCGCCGGCCCCCAGCCAGCCGGGCCACCACUGCGGCCAGCCCCACUGCUCCCUGCUCACCCCGGACACGUCCGGCUGGGCGGAGAACAGCGACUCGGGCCAGGGCACCUUCAGCCAGGCCACGGCCAAGUACGCCGGCGAACCGGAGGCGCCCCGCGCCCGCCGCGGCCUCGCCGACCUCGACACGGACCCCGACGACACCUCGGCCUUCGACUACUCCUCCGUGACCUCGGGCAGCCCGGACGGCACGCUGCGGCGGGAGGCGGACAGCGCCAGCGGCGAGGCCGAGGGCGAGGACGAGGAGGAGGAGGAGGAGGAGGAGGAAGAGGACAGCCAGGUGCUCUUACCUUACUUUAAGCUUAAUAGUGCCGGUGCUGCUCAAGCCGUCGGGCAGCCAGCAGGCUCCGGCAUCGCCGUCGCCGCCCCGGGGCAGGGCCGUCUGCGUGAGGUGGCAGAUCCCCAGACUGACCCCGCACCCCCCGCCCAGGAACCCUGCGGGGCCGUACGGCGACGGGCCGACGCCGUGCCUCAUCAGCUCCCUGAGCAAGCGACUGGUCAGCGUCAGGAAGGGCUCGCCGCCGCUGCACCUGAAAAGUGCCUUCAGGCCCAUCUGGGACGACCCGUCCAAGCAGCAGACGGACUCGGCGCCGGAGAAGGACAACCGGCAAGGCUUCGUCCCGAUCCAGGCCCCGGCGAGGCCAAACUUCCAGACCUUCCACCCCAACAGGGAAACCUUGAGGCCGGUGCUGACUCAGCAGCGGGGGAACAACGCCGUGGCCCCGAGCAGCGUAGGAUUGUGGGACAGCGAGGACAGCGAGGGGCCCUGCAGCACCGUCUGACUCCAGGAGAUUCGCUGAAAACCAAACCGGGACACGGCGUUGAUCGGAUGUUUGAUCCGGGACGACUUCACUUCCCCCUGGAACAACCGGGACACCGAACUGAAGCGAGGAGAUGGAGCACCGGCGUCCCUCUGGGAUCGUCUAUGUUUGAACAUAACAGUCGAACAGUUUGGACAAUAAAAAAGAGCCAUUUGCAUGAAACAAACUGA